GUCAUUAAUGACAACAUUCAGAAUGCAUCACAAAAAGAAAACUCAAUCAAUAAAAUCAGGAAUGGGUGAAGAUGAACGAUAUGAUCCUAUUUGGCCGUAUUACGAGCCUCUCGAAGCUUUUUUAAAGGAUGUCUAUGUAUGCUCCAGUGUGAUUAACACUGAGGAAAAGAUUAUACAGGAUUCGUCAUCGACACGUGACUACGAAACAGAGGCAGAAACCGACUUCAAUCGUCCCGUUAUUGAAAGUGACACAUCUCAAGAUGGGAAUACGAGUACUAAAUCAAAAAUUACUGCUGUUUCAACUCAAAAGCGCCGUUCGAAAAAUCCACCAGAGUUAUCAGAGGCCAGCAAGGAGGUGGCAAAUGCUUUUGGCACAUUAAACAGAGUGCUUGAUAAUAAAACUGCAAGACAUGAUGAUGAUUGUGAUCUAUAUGCUAAACAUCUUGCCACAAAAUUAAGAAAAUUUCCAGAAUAUGAAAGAGAAGAAAUUAUGUUAGAGAUUGAUAGCAUGUUGAUAAAAAGACGUCGAGGUAGCCAAAAUACUAUUACUGAUUCCACUAAUAUGAAUCGUUCAUCCUCCUCACAAAGUUCUUAUCGCUCAAACUGUUCUCGCUCAUCUCCUUCACCACACUACCGACCCAACUCAGCACAGUCCAUCCUUCCAACUUACGUUACUAUUCCCAAUCAAUCUCCGCAUAACCCAUCCCAUUCACCGCAGUAUGUUUUUAAUGAACCCCAAACUCAACGUAUUCGGAUAUUGUCUAAUGAUAAAAUAUAUUCACAAUCACAACUAAUGCAGUCUUCAUCUGCUCAAAGGCUACAAACAGCAUCUCCAGAACUACCUGUUGAACUUCAUUUACCAGAAUUAUCUGAUAGAACGUACGACCAGUCUCAGUCUUUAGAGACUCAAAAUAUAAUAUAUCAGGCAUAUGGAGGCGCAUAA